AACAAAACUGAAACUCCGGCGUGUCAGAAAACUGGCAAGAAAAUUAUAAAACCUGUUUUUGUGAGUCUCAGUCAAAUUCAAUGGAUCCUGAUAGCAGCGGGAUACAGUGGUGUGAAGGUAGAAUUAGAUAAAGGUUUCGAGCUGGGUGAAUCUGAUCUAACUCCAGAAUUCAAGAAGAAAUUUCCGUUGGGAAAGGUCCCUGCUGUUGAACUAAGUGAUGGUAAGCUGUUAAGUGAGAGCAACAGUACAGCUUACUUUUUAGCUUCAUCUCAACUCAAAGGGGGAGAUGAUUCUUUACUACAAUCACAGGUGCUCUCCUGGAUGUUCACUGCUGAGACAGAGUUGACCCCUGCCGUCUGUAGCUGGAUCUUCCCGCUCAUGGGGAUCCUUCCUUCUUCACCCCAGCAGGCUAGAGGAGAGAAGGAUACUCUUAAAUUUGUGGAAAUGCUCAACCAGCAUCUUAAAUCCAAGACCUGGAUGGUUGGUGAGAGGUUGACUCUAGCGGAUAUAUGCUUGGCGGCCAUUUUCUUUAUCGUAGCUAAACAUAGAACGUUUGCGCAGAAAUCGCCUCAUUUCCAUCGUUGGUAUACAACGGUCACCGGGCAAAAGAUAGUGAAAGAGGUCUUAACCAAAUAUCCAGGUCUGGAAGUAUGUCAUGAGAAGGAUGUCAGCAAGGGUGCUGAGGUGCUUGAGGUUAAAAGUAUGGCUGAGUCUGGAGAACAGAAGGAUCUUGUGGAGAAGAUGGAUUCCGUCAAGAUAGAGGAUGGAGUGUAUACUAGUGAAGUGAGGGGAAGUGAUGAGUCUGGGGAAGGAACAUACAAAGUUCCAUUCAAAACUGUCAUGAAGGCAAUGUUACAUGUUGGCAAGGAACCGUUCCCAAUGAUCUACGUGGAUCCGAAACCUGAUUCUGAAGCUGCCAAGUCUGGGGCUAAGUACGAACCAAUUGCCAAGGCUCAGCUCAAGAAAAUAACUAAGCUAUGGCAGCAAGAGGUUAGGAAGGCGGAAGCUAGAGCCAAGGCGGAUAAGGAGGCGGAAGAAGCCAGGCUAAAGAGGGCGGAGGAAGCCAAGAAAAUUACAAUUAAGUCAGAUCCGUCUCUUCCUGAAGCUAAAGCGAUGAAGAUCAGAGAUUGUAAGGAUAACAGGAUGAAGAGAGUACAACUUUCAGGAUGGGUUCACAGAUUAAGAACCCAAGGAAAGGCUUUAAUGUUCCUGACACUGCGGGAUGGAACAGAUUACAUCCAGUGUGUUCUACACGGAGACAUGUGUCAAACAUACGACGCUGUUAUGCUCUCCACAGAGUCCACUGUCCGUAUUUUUGGAGUAGUUGAACCCGUGCCUGAGGGAAAAACCGCACCUGGCGGUCAUGAGCUUAAAGCUGAUUACUGGGAGCUGAUUGGUAGCGCUCCUAGCGGUGGCGCAGAGGCCCUUCUGAACACUGAGAGUCAUCCUGACGUACAACUUGACAACCGACACAUCAUGAUCAGGGGAGAAAACUCCAGUAAGAUACUGAAGAUGAGAUCUGUCAUUACACAGGCGUUCCGAGAACAUUUCUUUUCUCGUGGAUACUUUGAGGUGACUCCGCCCACUCUGGUCCAGUGUCAGGUUGAGGGAGGAUCUACUUUAUUCCAUCUUGAUUACUUCGGUGAGGAAGCUUACUUGACCCAGUCCUCCCAGCUCUACCUAGAGACAGUUUGUCCAGCCAUGGGAGAUGUGUUCUGUAUAGCGCAGUCGUAUCGGGCGGAGAAAUCCCGAACUCGGCGGCACGUGGCGGAGUAUACGCAUAUGGAGGCGGAGUGUCCCUUUAUCAACUUCGACCAACUCCUCGACAAACUCGAGGAUCUUGUCUGCGACACUGUCGACAGGGUUCUUAAGCAUCCUCUCGGAUACAUGGUUCAUGAGCUCAACCCUAACUUUAAAGCUCCAAAGAGACCUUUCAGAAGGAUGUCAUAUGAGGACGCUAUAGCUUGGCUAAAGGAGAACAAUUACAAGAAGGAGGACGGAACCUUUUACGAGAUCGGAGAGGACAUCCCAGAGGCCCCUGAGAGGUUUAUGACGGACACCCUGAAUGAACCAAUUAUGUUGACAAGAUUCCCGGCCCAUAUUAAGGCCUUCUACAUGCAGAAGUGCAAGGAUGACAGGUAAGGAAAAGGGAA